AUGGGCCGUACCAAAGGAAGAUCCAAGUUGGAGGGGAAAGCUUUCCCAGAGUUAUCGAUGAAAAAGGAUCCUGAGCAGAGAAUUUGAUUCCCUAGUGCAAAAAAUGACUGACUGGACGGGUUAGAUUAGAGUGUGUCGUCGUGGUUGUUGCUUCGGAGGAUUGCCAUCUCCGUGGCCAUUCUUACUUCCCUGGCUUUAAACGACUUUGAGCGUAAAUGGUGUUUAUGUGGUGUGGACGGAGGAUGGCCCUGUAGCAACUUCAGCAUCUUCAUUAUUGCUAGCAACAACAAGGUCGUCGUGCUUGGUUGCUUUUGGCUUCAUCUUCUCCCAAAUGAUGGUGGUGGUUAUUGAUGAUUAGUGUCUUGAUUGCGCAAGGCCAGGUGGUUUCCACAGAUCGUCGUAUCAUUGUCCCGGUCAGCGGUUGGUGGUGAGGUUCUUGAACGGCCUCAUUGGGAGGCGUUUUGGGUGGUGUCAUUCCUGGUGGUGGUGGUGGUGGUGGUGGUUGUGGUGUGUUCGCGUUCUCCCUUCCUCCAACCUUCCUUCUCUUCCAUUGCUGGCUGACAUGAUCCCCGUGUUUUCGGGGAACGAAGGGUUGAUCUGCUCAAACUCUGAGGCUGUUGCAACCGCUCUUUCAUCCCCGACAUCGUUAUCUCCCUUGCCGGUGUCCUAUUUCCCGUCGUUGUCAAACUUGUCGUCUUUGUGGUUGGCACUUUCUCAAGCAUCCCUCAGUGUGGAGCAGGCCCUCGGGGGCACCGAAGAAGGGUCCAAACCGACAACAAACUGGAGACUUCAAGUCGUCGUCGCUGUCGUCGUCGUCGUCGCCCACCACGCCUAUCCAUCGUCAUCCUAUGUGGCGGGUUCAACAUUGUCCCAGCUAAAAAGUGUCUCUCAGUCCAAUCGAGGGGGACGCGGGGGGGAUGAGGAGGCCUUGGGACAGUUUUCUGGCAGCGAAAGGGGCAAAUACAUGUCUACCGAGUUCACCAAACGCAAAUACUGGUUCAUUUUCUACCGCAUCAUCCAAAUCCUCAUCUUGUUAUUCUCAUCUGCCUUCAAGUUCCACCUCAUUCCUGUUGCACCUCUUCGUUCUGUUCAACUUGAUUAGUCGCCCUUUGGCUAGUGAAUCGCCCGAUCGAGACUGCUGCGAGCCACUGUACCCAUUCUUUCCGACCACAGUGACAGGGGCCACCGUCAUCAUACCGAGUCGCGAGCCACAAUCAACCGUUCCCUCGUCGCCCAAUCAACUUGACCAUAGGUCCACCACGAAACUCUAUGGAGACCACAAGGAUCGAAUGGAUCGUUUUCCGAUUUCCUGCCAACACGCAAAAAACUCUUGUUUUGCUAACGACUUUUGCAAUCAACUUUUACAACACUUCCCUAGGCUUUGUGGGAUAGAGCAAGUAACCUGCUCAUCGCCAACACUUACAAAAUGUGUGGCCACACUCCAAACACUUCGCUCGUUCCAAGACUUUCAAGGGAAGUGCACUUGUGCCUCAGAUUCUCGUGCUGCCGCCGUCGUUGACGUUUCUGCUCUUUCCAUGUCCUCAUCCUAUUCCGAUCCCAAAUCCAAAUCCUAUUCCUCCUCUUCGAACAACUUUUACUAUCAACCGGAGUGUCAUGCCUUCCAAAAGCUUUUGUACCAACAUCCGUGUGAAUCUGCGGCUCCAAAUAAACAAGAAGCUCUACCUACGUGUAUCCACGCUUAUGAAAUGUGUUUAGCCAAUGAAUCCUGUUCCGGAACACUCAAACUCUUUUUAAAUAAUUGCGAUGAAGAUACUAGCCAAAGCUGCCACUCGGAGUCUGCGAUAAACGUUUGCCAAGAAACCUGGGACCGCCUUAAGAAAACGCCUUUGUACGGAUGUAUUUGUCCAGUAAAUGUUCAAUUUGCCAAAAAGUGCAAGCGCAUAUUUAGACUCAUACAUGAAAAUCCGUGUUUGGAUUCGCUGGACGCUUUCCCCUUUUCACACUUCCCAGACUUUGAUAAAAAAGUAACGUUUUGGAAGCAUUGGUUUAACGCCAAGUUUGAGAUAGCGAAUAUAAUAGCAACAGCUUCUUCUACAACCACUACUACUACAACAACUACUCCUGAGGCAACCACCACCACCAAAAUCUCCUUUAACCCCACCCCGGGGUUAAAGUACAGUUAUUGGACGGACAAUCAACAAUCUGUAGACAUGAUGCGUACCAGAUACAAAGGAAUUACUAAGCCCCUCUAUCCCUCGACCGAAGGUCCUUUACGGGAAAAUCAAAUGCCAGAUGUCACUGCACUGCGAAGUACCUGCCACAUUUCCCUGAGCAAAUGUGAAGGAAAUGCCAAAUGUCGGCUAUUCUUGGAGCAAAUCAAGCGAACUUGUGACACGAAAACCUGUGAUAAACAAAAAUGCAUGAGAGCCAUACAAGACAUGUAUAAGAGUAUCCCCUCAGACAUCGGACUCGAUAUUGCCUUCUGCCUUUGCAAGAAUACGCCCAAUCCCGAUGAGGUCUGCCUGCGAGCGCAAACUCUUUUGCAUCCCACGUGCGCCCAACAACCGGAUGUGAUCCAGGGGACGUCGAGGGGCGACCAGACUUUGCCCGCUUGCCAUCACAUUGCCAAAGACUGUCUGCGUCAAGCCGAGUGCCGCGACAGGCUCAAGAACUUCGAUCAGUUCUGCUCCGUGUCCAGUGACACCAAGCGGUGUGCUGGAAAGCCGGAGGAAUGCCGAAAGGCCAUGUUGGGCAUUCUAGGGACCACGCUCAGAACUUCUUGCGCUUGCACUGGCACUGGAGCUGAUUUUCGAGAACUCUACGACUGCAUAGGAUGGCACCGACUUCUCUGGGUGAAUCCAUGUGUGGUCGAAGCUCAAAAGGAUUACCACAUGCUAAAUGGGUACAGCUCUCCCCACAAACCUACGACAAUCCCACAUUUCGGGGGUGGUAGCUUCGACAUUUCCACCUUACCCACUCAUCCGAUCGAGAAUAACUAUCCAUAUAACCGAGACAACAACAAAAACAACAACAGCAAAAACAAAAAGGAGGACAAGAACGACUUCAAUAACAAUGACGAUAAGACGAAAGAAAAUAAUAAUAAUAAUAUCAACAAUUAUAACCUUGAGAAUCCCAAUGUCUACGGGGGUGGAAGAAACCCUUACGACAACGUUGUGAUCCCCAACACUGACUAUCAAUACAAUCAGACAUCGGCUAAGCCAAUGUUGCCAAUCCUUCCGACUCGACGACCUGUUUACUCCACGCCUCCGUGGCCCAAGUUUUAUACCACUCGAAGAUCGACCUGGGUUUCAACUACCACCACGACCACCACGACCACAUUGCCACCGAAGUUUUGUUUGCUUGAACGUCCAGGACAACCGGUCAAAUAUAUUCGCGAAGGCUACAAAAAGCGAUUAUACAAACACGAUGAUCCCGAAUGCUCCGAGUUGUGUGAAUGCAAAGUGGGCGAGGAGCUCUCGUGCAAAGUGCUCUCUUGUAUCGAGCGAGAUGCUUGCAAUACGGGGGUGGCCUUUUACAGCCACGCCUCGCCUUUCUAUCAAGCCUACCGAGGCCAAUGUCUGUGUUAUUCCGGAUCGUUUAUUUGCUCAAAGCCAGCCAAAGAAGUUGAUUUGGACUUGACCGAGGGUGUAUACUUGUUCCUGGGGUACAGUGAAAAAGACGAGCAGCUCUUGAAAGCUGUCACCGGGCAAGGUAUCUUGGAAACCAUCGGUGAAAUCGAAGGACUCGUGAGAUACCAUAAUAUUAACAACAAUAAGAGUGAAUGUCGCGUGAUACCUCAUAAACAAUCCGGCGAAAACAUGAUCCUUCAAGCCGUAAUGGAGGAAUUUCAAGAAAACAGAGACAGUGGAAAUUUGACAAACUAUCUGCUUAACAAAGAAAAGGAGGAAUGUUUUGAAGCCCUGGAAUCCAUCAGCCAAAAGAUUAAUACGAAUGAUGCAGAUAUGCGCAGCCACGUGAUCUUGUCCAUGAUCAAAGUCUCGUCAGCUUAUGCCAACGUCCCAGAGUUGAAGGACGGAGCGAAUCUUGUUGAAAUCUCUUUCUCACUCCUAACUUUCACCACCUUUUAUUCCUGCGUGGUGUUCACAUUAUCUUGACCAAAACCAACUACAGGAACAAUAACUUUUACCAAAAUUACGGUUGUAAUAGGAGAGUUCGUUAAGGCUCCAGCUGAUACCAAGACUGUCGGCCACAAUCACAACAACUAUAACAACAGCAACAAGCCUUUUCGCCCAAUCACAACUGCCACAGCAACUGAGAGGGCCAAGACUCCUGCUAUUACCAUCACUUUUCAUGCUAUUACAAAGUCACCCAUCAUUUCCCCUUUAUUACGUUAUACGUAACAACAAUGGAAGAGGUGCUAUUUUUCAGCUUGUUUCUACAUCUUCCCUGUGCAAUUCAUAUAAUAUAUUGUUGAAUUAUGGUUGCUCAAAAUAAUGUAUAGGAAUUUAUUUAUUCAUAACAAGACACAAAGUGUUGGACCAUUUAAGCACCUGAGAGAAUUCCGAAAUUGGUUUUCCCACAAAUCUGCAAAUCCCACAAAAUUGACCGUAAUUGACAACUACCGAAGAAGAGGAGAAAAUUGUUGUUGGUUAUGGUAUCAUAGAGGAAGCAAGGCCUAGAGAUUGCAAUGAG